CCGCUUCGUCUCCUUUUAUCUGUUUCCUCCUCCUCCUCCUCCUCCUCUUCUCCUGCGAAUGUUCUCAUUCUAUCUUUUUUCGCUUGCCUCAGUCUAAUUUCCCAGCCUGAAACUAAAGCCAACUCCAUCGUCAUUAUUCAACACCAACCAACACCACCACGAACACCCCCGUCGUUAUCAUUAUACGAUUCACCGUCAGCGAAUUUCUCACACUCGUGAAAAUUUGCUUCGCGUCGUAGGGGGGGGGGAAAUUUCUUGUAUUUAUUUUAUUCUAAUUUUUUGUUUGGCACCCCCGCGGUCACAUUAUCGCAACUGGCUAUAUAUCCAAUAAAGUCGUCAGUUACUGAGUCCAGUCAAGCCGACCCCUUUCUCAUUCCUCGUUAUGAGUGCUGGGGUGAACCGUCAGGGCAGCCAAUCCCAGGAGGAGCUGUUUCUGACCACCACCACCACCACCACACGACGGCCCUUGCAGACGGAAUCGUCUGUCAUCGAACCCCUGCGCAUAAGCAAGCGAGAGUCUCCUUCCACGGCCUCCUCGAACGGGAUUAUCCUGCCCUAUCCAGACGGCCGACAGCGACCCGAACACGCCCAGACGUCAGUUUCCAGUGGUUCUAGUCCGAUCAGCCUAGCAGAAGUUUCUUGCGAUUCUCCCACUGUCCCUGAUCAUAUCACCUCGCGGCCUUCGGGGUAUCCUGCGGCUUUGCGACCCCGGGAUGGCCGCGAACCCAAACAAGCCUCUCUCGCUGAGCGGCGAGGGAAUGUCCCAAAGCCGCUCCCAGAAUCUCCAAGCGGCGAACCCCCAGAACGGGAAGGCUUAUUUGCUAGGAUUCAUCCUCGAUUUCCGGCCCCUGCAGCGUCAAGUGACGGCUCAUACUCACAACGUGUUAUCCUCGAGCAACAACACCAACCUUACUUUCCGCCUCCACAGGCAUCGCCAAGACCAACCGUCUCACAAAAUAACCCGCCGCUGAAUAGCACAAUUAGCAGGAUCAACUCCACAGCUUCGAAUUCGACGACUCGUGCUCAACGUGGCUCACCGCCGCCCCCGGAAACUCCAGUGGUAGAGCCUGGACAACAUCCAGCGUCAGACAUCGAGGCUCGGUAUGCAGCGUCUGGAAUAGCUGGGACCUCUACUUUGGCGGGCUUGCAGGCACAAAGCGCCGCGGCUCAGAGAAGAGCCGAACAAUAUGUCGGUCAACAACCCCGGGGGCGGCAGCCGGUACCUCAAGUUCCACGGCCAUGGACUCCUACGGAACAACCUGGCACACAGCCUCAUGGACCGCCUACAGUAUAUCAAGGGGCAGGGGUUGUAUCAGAGGAGGAUCACUCACCAAGUAGACAGCCAGGAGAAGCUCCCUACCAAGCUGGGCCGGUUCAACAGCAGACCCGAAUCCCCUCAAAUGCUCUCGAACAUGAUCUUGAGCGGAUGCGCAUCAAUUCAUCACCUCCACCAGCCUACUCAAGCGUAUCAGGGCCUGCAACCUCACAUGCUUAUCCAGCUGAAAAACCGCGGCCCGCAGCAUCGAUAGAACAGCCGUCCGCUGCAGUUACCCACAAUACCACUGCGAGCCCCUCAGGAAGUGCUGGUCUAGCCUCUGCUCCCACGACCUCCGUUCACCCGGCGUUUGCAAAUGAUCUGCAACGGCAGGAAUCGCUGGUGACGUCCCCCGGGUUGGGCGGACAGGUAUCCUCAUCCCCGAAUGGGCAUCAUCCCGUACUUCAGCACGCUCAGAUUAGUACCUUAGCUUCGUCCUCUGGAAUACCGCCGGCUUCUCCGCCACCACUACCCGAAGGAUGGAUUGCUCAUUUGGAUUCGAAUUCCGGCCAAUAUUACUAUAUUCAUCUGCCCACCCAAUCUACCCAGUGGGAGUUUCCCAAAGGGCCAACACCUUUAAAUCUCAAUGAAACCCCAUUGUCCCCGGUAGGCAGCGUGUACAGCAGUCAUCCUCUGGCUUCGCCGGUAUUUGCAGCCUUUGGUAAACCCCUGAACUCUCCUGGAGUUCCUCUGACCCCAGGAUAUGAAAGCCUGAAAUCUCCCAUUGUGGCAGGUUUUAGUGGGCCUCUCCCAAGCAAUGGAAUUGAUUUGUAUAAAGUGGCACCGACUAAUGGCGUUUACUUCGGCCCGUAUCUUCGCUACGCCAAUAUGGACGUGGAGCGAGGUAUCUGGAUGGGUUCCAUUCUUCUGAUUACCGAUGCGGCGCAGCCACCUACAAUACACAUUCAUCAGAGCAUUGACCUCUCACCAAACCCACGUCAGUUGAAAGCAACACCUAUCGCUAUUCACCAGCGCUGGACCUUCUACAGGUACGAAAUUGAUCUACAGAUGGACGAAACUGGGCAAGCUAAAUGGACCUACGCUAUCACCUCCCACUUGGGCUGCACACGGUAUGAGUUUCUGAUCGCCGGGCGAUACGAAACAGGCUGGCGCUUUAUCACUACAUCUGGCAACGACUUCUCAAUGAAUGUUAACGCGAAUGAACGGUCCCGUCUAGGGGGGAUAGGAUUCAUGUGGAAGGACAUAAUGCAGAAACACAACGAGAUCGGUGGCUUCCAUGUUCAACUCUGCCUUGGGAGCCAAAUUUAUGCAGAUCGAAUGUGGAAAGAGGUUUCCUGUUUAAAGCAGUGGCUUGCAAUGAGCGGGAAAGAGACCCGGAAAAACGCGCCGUGGACCACAGCCCAUGAAGAAGAUGUUUCACAUGCGUACUUUCACUACUACACAAGUCAUUUUGACCAGCCCUACUUACGCGAGUCAUUCGCGCAAAUUCCAUAUGUCUGUCAGAUUGACGAUCAUGACAUAUUUGACGGAUAUGGCUCGUACCCGGAGCACAUGCAGUUUUCCAACAUGUUCAGCAAUAUAGGCCGAGUUGGGACGGAGAUGUAUUUGCUCUUCCAGCAUCAUACCACCCUUGAUCUGCUCCGCAGCGUCAGGACCGACACCGAUCUGUUCACGAUAACUGGUACAGGGUGGCAUUUUGUGAAAUACUUGGGCCCUGCUGUUGUCGUUGUUGGGCUUGAUUGUCGUUCGGAGCGCAACCCGCAUCAGGUCAUAGCUGGACCGACAUAUCAAGGCAUCUUUCCCAAAGUGGCUAUGCUCCCUCCUAAUGUGCAGCACUGCCUCUGGAUGCUUUCGGUUCCUAUCAUCUAUCCACGGCUGGAGACAGCGGAGCAUAUCGCCCACACGGUCGCGACGGGAAAGAGAGCGGUGACUGGAGCAUACAAUGUUCUUGGGAAAGUCACCAGCUCCGUGGCCGGUGUGGUCGGAGCGAAGGACAUGGUAGGCUCCGGGUUUAACUCUGUCAAGCGCGCUGUGGGUAAGUCCGGUCUCAUGGGGGGUAUUCUGAGCCCAUUCGGGGAGCUGGAUCUUUUGGAUGAGCUUCGGGACCAGUGGACGCAUGAAUCCAAGGACCUCGAGCGAACCUACCUGAUCCGUACCCUUCAAGGUAUCUCUCAUCAGAAGUCUUUGCGCAUGACCUUCCUUUCUGGCGCCGUGAAUGCAUGCGGUGCUGGACUGGUGCAUGAUCCAGCUCAUCCAUCAAAUCAUAAGACGAUGUACCAGCUAAUUUCAUCGCCGGUUGUGAACAGUCCCCCGCCCUCGUAUAUCAUGAAAAUGCUCCAUAGCAAUAACAAACCGCUUUAUAUUCCAGCUAAUGGGCAUCGCUCAACCCCAUCACAGCCAACUGACACGAAGGAAGAUAUGAUGGAGAUUUUUCAGUCUGAUGUGACCGGACAAAGUCGUGAGCAUCGCAAGCUGAUGGGCCGUCGAAACUAUGUGGCCAUCGUUGCGUACGACCCGGAUGCCGUGAACACAAUGUACGGGCAAGGUAUCUCGAGCCACGGAAACAGCAAGCUGAACCUUGCCGCGGAUUUCAUGGUUCAAGGAGAUGGGACUUUUGGGACGGUAGUAAAAUAUGGGCCAGUAAUUAUCCCUAGCCUGGAGCCAGGAAAGUGAAUUGUUGGAGUACGCGCCUAUAUCCCCUCUCGUUAUCAUCGCUCCUCCCUUCAAUUCUAGUCUCAAACUAGCUUCUGUUCCGUGACUUUGGUGGAGAGAUUUGGAUGCGAAGGUUUUCUUCGCAUGAUCAUUCUCAACUUCCUGAUGUGGUCGGUCUACUUGAAGCAUAUGUGAUCGGGUCAACUUCUUUUUCUAUGAUUUAGCAGUCAAAUUAUGUACUAGCGACAUAUCAUACUCUCAGUUCCUCAUUUGCUGCUAUCUCACGGUUCCGAAACAAUUAGACAAGGAGAUUCGUUGUAAU